UUUUUAACUUUGAUGAAAACAACGUGUGGGGAAAGGAAACUAACUCAAAGCAGUUCUCUUCAAUAAGAAGAUAGUAUUGACUAUCCGAUUAUGGAUGGGUGAGGCAGAAACAAUAUGCAGCAGCAAUCAAAUUGCAUCAUAGAGGCAUCCAGGGCAUGUUUCAAUACCUGCUGUGUUAAUCUCCCCCAUGAGGACGAGAUCAAGCCCGGCAAGGUUGCCGUCGUAGUCGAUCCCCGCCGCGGUUUUGCUUCAGCCAUAAUUUCAUCUCUCCAGCGCACCACUGAUUUCACCAACCCUGAAUCUCUCCCCUCGCUGCAGGAUGUCUUGUCCGGCCUGAACGCUGCAUUCCCGUGCUACUCCCGCACGGUUCUUGCCGACGACAUUCGUGCUCGGGAGUAUCAUCUGUCCAACCAUGUUUGCCUCGAUUAUGUCGGCAAUGGCCUCUUUUCUCAUUCCCAGGUUCAGAGUUCGAUCUUGUCAGCGGAGAUGGGUUCAACAACCUCGUCAGCAUUUUCCAAUGCCCCUUUCUUCAACAUUUCAUGCAAUUCGAUGAAUUUGAAUUCCUACUUGAAUCACAAAGUCGAUGAAUCCGACUUCCAAGCUUCGUUGCGUGCGAGGAUCACAGAAUACAUGAACUUGUUCGAAGAGGAAUACGCCGUUGUUUUUACAGCUAAUCAGGCGUCAGCAUUCAAGCUUAUUGCAGAUUCUUACCCUUUCAACUCCAAUCAAAGUCUUCUAACAGUUUACGACUAUGAAAACGAAGCCGUUCAGGCCAUGGUUGACAGUGCAACUAACCAGGGCGCCAGGGCUCAAUCAGCUGCCUUUAUAUGGCCUAAUUUCAGAAUCGAUUCUAGAAAAUUAAGGAAACAGAUUGCCAGCAAGAGUAACACAAGAAACAGGGGAAGGGGCCUGUUCGUUUUCCCUCUCCAAUCCAGGAUGACUGGAGUACGAUAUUCUUAUCAGUGGAUGAACCUGGCGAGGGGCCAUGGAUGGCAUGUCCUGCUCGAUACCUGUGCGCUUGGAGCAAAGGACAUGGAAACCCUCGGCCUAUCACUUUUCCAACCUGAUUUCCUAAUCGGCUCGUUUUUCAAGGUUUUUGGCCUCAAUCCGUCGGGCUUCUGCUGCCUGUUCAUCAGGAAAUCUAGGGUUUCAGAUUUAACGCAACUCUCUACCACUAUGGGGAUCAUCAGCUUAAUCCCAGCCGUCAAUGAAGCUCCACAGUGUCGAGAAUUCAAAAUUAACCAGCAAAAGGAUCCGUCGAGCUCCAAAACAACAGAAGUAAACACAGAGCACGAAACCCUAAUCGAAGAAAAUCCCCAAUUCCGAGGCCUCGAUCACGCAGACCAAUUAGGGCUAAUUCUAAUCAGCAGCAGAGUGAGGUGCCUGGUUAAUUGGUUGGUGAACGCAUUCCUGAGCCUCCGACAUCCCCAUUCCGGUAGCGGGCCGUCGCUUAUCAGAAUCUAUGGGCCGAGAAUCAAGCUUGAUCGAGGCCCUGCCAUUGCGUUCAACGUGUACGAUUGGGAAGGAGAAAGAGUCGACCCCAAUUUAGUACAGAAGCUAGCUGAUCGAAAUAACAUUUCACUCAGCUGCGGGUUCCUGAAAAACAUCUGUUUCCCGAAAAAUUCCGAGCAGGAGAAGGAGACAUUGCUGGAAAUGAGAAAUCGGGAGGAGAAAAGGAAGACGAAACAGGAUUGGGGAUUGUGGGUGGCGUCGAUUUCGAUUGGAAUGCUGAGCAAUUUCGAGGAUGUGUAUAGGGUUUGGGGAUUCGUUUCCAGGUUUUUGGACGCUGACUUUGUGGAGAAGGAACGGUGGAGAUACACAGCCCUGAAUCAGACGACGGUUGAGAUUUAAGGCUAUAGCCAACGCUUUUUUAUUUUUCGUUUUUGUUCAUCGAUAAUAUAUUAUUUAUAAUAAUAAUAAUAAUAAUAAGAAAUAAUAUAUAUUUUAAUUUAUAUAAUUUAAUAUUACAUUUAUUUAUACAUUUUAUUAAAAAAUUACUUCAUUAAUUUAUUUAUAUUCUUAUUAAAUUAUUUUUACUUUGUAUUAGUAUAAUUAACUAUAUGUUGCUAGUAUAUUAUUUGGGCCUGUUAAUGGCUAUUUGAACCCAUUAAUGGCCUAAUAGGCUCAGCCCAGCAGAGUACUCUCGAGUCUCGAUCCAGUUAGUUAUCAGAACCUUCUAGGGUUUUGCUCAUUCUCUCAACUCGAGUACUUGGGAGCGUGAUCGCCGCAACUCAAACCUUUGUUGCUCUUUCCCCUCUGAAUUUGAAAUUAUCGCCAGUUAGUCCGACGAUCAUCUGUUGAUCACUUGAAAGGUAGAAACCCUAGUCAUGGCAAUUGGAUCGGUUUGAUCUGGGCAAAGAGUUCCUAAGAGCAUGAGACCGCCUCUUAGUUAAUGUGGUCGUGGCCUCAGAGGUGGCAGGGGUGGCGGCAGUGGUCGUGGUCCUCCUCGCGAUGAGGGCCCCCCCUUAGGAAGUAGUUGAGGUUUCGAAAUUUGUUCAAGCUUGUGAAGGAGAUGAUGUUUCCAAGCUUACAAACGAGAAAGUGCCCUAUUUUAACACACCCAUAAACCUUCAGAACAAGACCCAAAUAGGUAAGGUAGAUGAGAUCUUCGGCCCCAUCAAUGAAUCUUAUUUCUCAAUUAAGAUGAUGGAAGGGAUAUGGGUGAUAAGUUCUUCAUUGGUCCAUCCAAGCUUUUGUUGCUCAAGAUUUCUUCCACAGCCCAAGGAACAAUGGCAGGCUGGCAGAGGGGGGGGGGGGGGUGGUCGGGGUGGAGGUAGUGGCUUUCGAGAAAGUGGUGACUCCAAUGGUGGGAGAUGUGGCUUCUGAGUGCGAGGUCGUGGUGGUGGAUUUAUGGGUAGAGGAAGAUUGCAAUAGAGUACAUGGGCACAUAUGUUUGUCUCUACGAUGUUGUUCCAAGGGGUUUAAGAUUAGAACAAUAUUUUUUAUGUAACUCAUAUAUCAAUGGAAUAUUUGAAGUUGCAUGUAGUUGCUUGAAAUGAUA